UAGACUUCAUUAGCUUACCUGUGACGUAUAAAGCGUCGAAUACUUGUGAAAACAAGACUUGUACUUGCCAUUAACCUCUUGCUCGAAACAGAGGCAGUACAGCAGGAAAAUAUUGCGAUUUGAAAUGUAUAUUUUAGAGGUAAAGAAACAGAUCUACUGGUUACAUGGCUGGAAACCAGUUAGUAAGAUUUUAUGCAAGGUGUAAGAUCUACAAUUUCAUCAACCUCAAGGACACCUACAUCUAGAAAAUAUGUAAUAGGAAUUAACAAACUGAUCUACCGAUAACAGCCUGUUCCGUGCAUUGCUCGUGUCUGCAGAGUUAUGCUCAAGUGGAGACUGCUGUUAUCCAUUCCAUUUACACUUCUGGUCUUUCACACAACGUGUCGGAGCUAUGAUGGCGUCAACGAUAUGCCAACCCUCUCACGUCGGAAACGUUACAUUGUGUUCCCAGAAGGAAGUACGUUCUCGAUUGCAUUCUGCACAACUUGGAAGACGCUCACUGAUGACUUGGACAUCUACACAAUCGGUCUGAACUGGGCCAUCUCUUAUGAGCUGCCGAACCAAACUAUUCGGGAUCCAGAAACUCACCGAAUUGUACCUCCCUUCCACUUGCGACGGAGGCGAGGGGAACUGUACCAGCGACUGGAAGCGGCGAUGGACGCAGCAGGGAUAGAAGGUCGAUCUUGCAUCAAGAGAGCGCUAUGUGAAACUGCCCAAAGACUGAUGCCUAAAGCAAGUAUUCUGGAAGAAAUAUUUCGAAUUUUGUUUUCACUUCCUCUGGAGAAGGUUGACGUCUACGAGCCAAGAGAACACCACGACUAUGACGCAGCCCACAGGCGAGGCCUACUGAACCGGGACUGCCUACAACUGUACCCAGAAUGCACUGUCUCUCUGAUAGACAUGGUUCUCGGAACAUAAAACAAAUAAUAUCAGACUGUGUUCAGUGAACUCUGUAUUCCUAAAAUUGUGCUAACAAAUCCUGCGUUCUUUUAUAUUAGAAUGAAUAAGUCCCAUGGACUAGUAUUAAAAAGUUGUUGGCCAUGUAUUCUUAACGAAUCUACUUGGACCAACCUGCGCCUACAUGACUGUGAAAUAUGUAAACGACGUUUAUCGCAGAGACCUACACAAGCCCACGCAGAGCCGGCACAAAACUCUGGAUCAUUUGGGGAAUUUAAUGAAGGGACACCUCCAGGAACCCAAGAAAAUACCUGGUUUUGUACAUGUAAAUAUUUCUUAAUACAGUACAAACAUAUUUAUUGUUUCCGGCAGGGACCAAGUGUUCAGUUUAUAUUAUUUGAUAUGGCUUGCUCAAAAAUAACCAAUAAUGAUUCGUAGUUUAUACAUAAAAAUGAUAUUUUUAAAUCUUACAUAAUAUUUUAGACGGUAAAUUAAUACUAAUAGAAGUUCCUAACAAGAUGAUUGUAAAAGGAGUUCAAAUUUAAUCUAGUGGUUAUAUAAUCUUCACGAAGAGAGGUUAAGUGAGAAGUGUCCUGUAUAAAAGUGCUCUCCACUUUGGAUUGCGAACAUGUGCAAAGGAGUUCUUUGCAUUUUCAUGCACCUCGUAGCACUACUGGUGCAAAGCUAAUUGAGUGCAAGUAGGUAUACUACCCGAUAUCAGCCAAUUUUGUAUUAUAUUUCGUUAAAUAUAUGGACAUUACUGAAAAUAUUUGCA